AUGGGGCAACCUUUGGGUAAUUUCAUUACCGGAAAUUUUGAAGGUCCAUCUAAAAUUUCAUUUGCUAACAUCCCAGGAAAAGAGAAAAAUCCUUGGGGAAUCCCUCUUGGAACUGACACACAUUAUACAUCAAGUGAUGCUAGCUUCUUCUCUAGCUCAUUGCCUGUCCUUUCUCAUGAGAAGUUAAAUCUUGACAACUCUGAUCAGAGUGGUCAAUCAGUUGAUGAUGGCUUCUCUAGAAUAAAGAAAACAUAUGUAGAAGAUGAACAUAGGGACCCACUUGAAGAUAUUGGACCAACUCCAAUAGGAAGCUUUCUUCCUGGUGAUGAAGAUGAGCUCUUAACUGGCCUUAUGGAUGAUUUUGAUCUUAAUGGGUUGCCUACUCAGCUCGAGGACUUGGAUGAUGAUUUCUUCGGAAGUGGGGGAGGACUAGAAAUAGAGCCUGAGCUUCAAGAGAAUCUCGGGAAUGGUGUGUUGAGGUUAAGCACGACUGAUGGUGUUAGUGGAAGCAAUAUAGCUCAUUUUGGGGUUACAAAUAGUGUUGGGGCUGUUAGCAGCGAACACCCAUAUGGAGAGCAUCCUUCAAGGACAUUAUUUGUUCGGAAUAUCAAUAGUAAUGUGGAGGACUCUGAACUGAGGUCUCUCUUCGAGCAAUAUGGAGAUAUCAGAACUCUCUAUACCGCAUGUAAGCACAGAGGAUUUGUGAUGAUAUCUUACUAUGAUAUCAGAGCUGCUCGCACUGCAAUGCGCAUAUUGCAAAACAAGCCCUUAAGACGAAGAAAACUUGAUAUUCAUUUUUCAAUUCCCAAGGAUAACCCAUCGGAGAAAGAUGUUAACCAAGGAACUCUCGUGGUCUUCAAUUUGGAUUCCUCAGUGUCCAACGAUGACCUCCGCCUAAUAUUUGGGGCUUAUGGAGAAGUUAAGGAGAUCAGGGAAACACCCCACAAACGACAUCACAAGUUCAUUGAGUUUUAUGAUGUUAGAGCUGCAGAUGCAGCUCUCAAGGCUUUAAAUAGAAGUGAUAUUGCUGGGAAGCGUAUAAAACUUGAACCUAGCCGGCCUGGUGGAUCCCGUCGGAGCUUAAUGCUGCAACCGACUCAAGAGCAAGAACAAGAUGAAGCUCGACCUUUCCACCAUCAAGUUGGUUCACCUGUAGCCAACUCUCCUCCAGGUAUCUGGGCAAAUUUUGGGAGUCCAGUCGAUGACAAUUCAUUCCCUGAUUAUAGUCGGUCACCUGGUUUAGGGAGCCUCAGCCCUGUUGGAAGUAACCACUUGCCUGGCUUGGCCUCUAUCCUUCCGUUCCAGGUCUCAAAUCCCGUGAAGAUUGCACCAAUUGGUAAAGACCCUGGAAGGAUAAGCCAUAUGCAGGUAAUUACUAAGGCUAAUGCAGCACAAGGAGCGGCUUAUCAGCAGCAUUAUUCUGUUCCCGAUUCCAAGUUCAGUACAAGUCCUGGACCUGUGUCAUCAUUUGGUGAUUCCAAGUCAUCUAGCAUUGGGACGCUUUCGGGUCCUCAGUUUCUGUGGGGAAGUCCUACUAUUCACUCCAGUGUCCAAUCCAACAUGCCAAACGUGCCAUCAGAGCGCAUGAAUUCUGCUUGGUCAUCAUCAUUGAAGGGACCUAUGUUUUCAUCCACUGGACAAAGAACUGGUUAUCCUUAUCACAACGGGCAUGGCUCAUUUCUGGGUUCACAUCAUGUUGGAUCCGCUCCAUCUGGUAUUCAACUAGAAAGGAAUCCUGGUUUUUUUACAGUCUCACCAGAGUCAUCCCACAUAAAUCGAGCUGCAUUUGGAGCCAUAAAUUUAGGUCGCAACAAUGGGAAUCAUGCCAUGAAUAUGGUUGCCCAGGGGGCUCUGAACAUGGGCGUUGCUUAUACAGAAAUUUUUUCUGAAGGUGGUUCUCCGAGUUCCAGGAUGAUGCCAAUGUCCAGAAAUUCUCCCAUGUUUUUUGGAACAGUUUCUUAUGGAGGCAUGGGAGCAACCGCAAAUGAUGGAUUGAUGGACCGCUAUCAAAAUAGAAGAGCUGACAGUGGAAGCCAGAUGGAAGACAGAAGGCAGUAUCAACUUAAUUUGGAAAAGAUCGUCAAUGGGGAAGAUAGUAGGACUACUUUGAUGAUUAAAAAUAUCCCCAACAAGUACACCUCAAAGAUGCUACUUACCGCUAUUGAUGAAACUCACAAGGGUACAUAUGAUUUCCUCUAUCUGCCAAUUGAUUUUAAGAAUAAGUGCAAUGUGGGGUAUGCUUUCAUCAACAUGGUGUCUCCUUCACACAUUAUCACCUUCUAUGAGGCAUUUAAUGGAAAGAAAUGGGAAAAGUUCAAUAGCGAAAAGGUUGCUACCCUGGCAUAUGCGAGAAUCCAGGGACAGGAGGCUCUUGUUUCACACUUCCAGAAUUCAAGUUUAAUGAAUGAAGAUAAACGGUGCCGACCAAUUCUCUUCCAGUCAGAGGGCCAAGGGAUUGAAGAUCUGGAACCUAGACAUACCAGUAAUCUGAAUAUCUUUAUACGUCAGCCAGAUGGAACUUAUGUUGGGGAUUCUCUGGACAGCCCAAAGAGUAAUCCAGAUGAGUAG